GUCGGGAUGGUUGGUGCACCACCUUCCUCUGGACUGUGGGGGCGCUGUGGUGCGUCACAACAAUGGCAGCAGCUGCUUGUUCUACUUUCACACAGCGCGCAAGAUGUGUAGCUUGACAGAAGUUGUGCAGGUAUGUCAAAGUUGUCAAUGAAAGAGCAAAGUGGCGGUCGAAAACUGUUAAGAUUAUUACCCCUGGACGACUUGUUCGCCCUUAAAGACACAGUAACGAAUCGACUGAUCGCUGUGGAGAGCACGCGAGAGGCCAUCGAGGCCAUCAUAACUUACUCACAAGAUGCUGAGGAGCUCCUCAAGAGAAAGAAGGUACACCGGGACGUUAUUUUCAAGUAUCUUGCCACUGAAGGAGUUGCAAUGCCCCCAAACAGUGAUAAACAGCAGCUCAUCAGGAGAACCACUGAGCACUGGUCAUCUGGAGAGAUCUCAAAGCGUGAGAAGAACACAGUGGUUUCAGAAGAUGUUGGAGAUGGUCUGGCAGAUCUUCCAGCUUUGGGAAAACAGUUUUGCCAGUGGUUCUUCACUCUCCUGAACGCUCAAAACCCCACUCAAGGGCAGCCGGCUCAAGAGUGGGGUCCUCAGCACUUCUGGCCGGAUGCGAGACUUCGGCUUCUCUCAUGCGCUGGAGAGCGGUGUGUCGAUGAGUUCAACGGGGCAGAGCUGGUCAGUCAGCGGCUUCACGCUUUUGCAGGACAAGAGCAUCUGCUGUUCUGCCCGAACUUGGAGGGUCAAGGGUUAAAGUGUAUAUCUUCAGCUCAUGGACUGGUGUUAGUGGCCGUAGCCGGGACCAUCCACCGUGACAAUGCCUGCCUUGGGGUUUUUGAGAACGUGUUCGGCCUCAUUCGCUCACCGAUGGACAAUAACCGCUGGAAACUAAAGUCUGUGAAUAUGAAAGUGGAAGCACAAAGUGCCAUCACAGACAGACAGGUACCAGUUAUUACCUACGACUCAAAGGAGUUACUGAGUCUUUGUGACUGAGAGUCAGAGAUCCACACGAGGUUUGUCUGGACAUGUUUUGACUCGGCAGUGAAGAGAUGCAGUGAUGUGACGCUUGACACAGAGGCUUUGAAGCUUGUAUCAAAAAAAACGAAACAUCUCACAAUGAAGCACUGUACGGAGCUUGAUUCGGUUUGACAAAACCAUGUAAUCUGUGACGUCCGAAGCUUCAUUUUCGCACACAACCACGUGACUGGUUCGUAUUCUGAUACAAAUAACGCGAACCACUUGCGCAGUUAGGGUUAGUGUCACUCACUAAAAGAAAAGAAU